CGAAGCCUACCUUCUCGUUCUUUACCAUCUACACACUAUAAUACCAAAGCAGUGAUAAUCAUCUAUACCUACACGAAACCCUAACAGUAACAGGUUCAGUACACAAAGAGAGCGAUGGUGAAGGUGCGUAUGAACACCGCCGAUGUGGCCGCCGAGGUUAAAUGCCUCCGUAGGUUAAUCGGAAUGCGAUGCUCCAACGUCUAUGAUCUCUCUCCAAAGACAUAUGUUUUCAAGCUCAUGAACAGUAGUGGAGUCUCCGAAUCCGGUGAGAGCGAGAAGGUUCUGCUGCUCAUGGAAAGUGGUGUCAGAUUGCAUACUACUGUCUAUAUGCGUGACAAAAGCAAUACUCCUUCUGGUUUUACUCUCAAAUUGAGGAAGCAUAUUCGAACUAGAAGGCUUGAGGAUGUGCGCCAACUUGGGUAUGAUCGGAUUAUUCUCUUUCAAUUUGGUUUGGGGGAGAAUGCAAACUAUGUUAUAUUGGAGCUAUAUGCCCAGGGCAAUAUCCUCCUCACAGAUUCUAAUCUUACUGUCAUGACUCUACUUCGAUCUCACAGGGAUGAUGAUAAAGGGCUUGCAAUCAUGUCACGCCAUCGCUAUCCUACUGAGAGUUGCCGAGUUUUUGAGCGAACUACUACUGCAAAGUUGCAGACAGCCCUAAUGUCUUCUAAGGAAGAUGAUAAUGUUGAAGCUGUUAAGGUCAAUGGAAAUGGAACUGAUGUUUCUAAUGUAGCAAAAGAGAAGCAGGGAGCCCGCAAAGGUGUGAAGUCAUCUGCCACAUUGAAAAUUGUCCUUGGGGAAGCACUCGGUUAUGGACCUGCACUUUCUGAACAUAUAAUAUUAGAUGCUGGCCUAAUCCCCAGUACAAAAGUUCCUAAAGAUAAAAUGUGGGAUGAUGCUAUUGUUCAGGCUUUGCUCCAAGCUGUUGCGAAGUUUGAAGAUUGGAUGCAGGAUAUUAUUUCAGGUGAAAUAGUUCCUGAAGGAUAUAUUUUGAUGCAGAACAAAAAUUUGGCGAAGGAUUCUUCUAUGUCUCAACCAGGAAGUGUUAGUCAGAUGUAUGAUGAGUUCUGCCCCAUCUUGCUCAACCAGUUUAAGUCAAGGGAUUAUACAAAGUAUGAGACUUUUGAUGCAGCCUUGGAUGAGUUCUAUAGCAAAAUUGAGAGUCAAAGGGCCGAACAACAGCAGAAAGCCAAAGAAAACUCAGCCACUCAGAAGCUUAAUAAGAUACGCCAGGAUCAGGAAAAUCGAGUGCAUACUUUGAGGAAAGAAGCCGAUCUCUGUGUUAAAAUGGCAGAAUUGAUAGAAUACAACUUAGAAGAUGUGGAUGCUGCUAUAUUAGCUGUUCGUGUAGCUCUUGCAAAGGGUAUGAACUGGGAUGACCUUGCUAGGAUGGUAAAGGAAGAAAAGAAAGCUGGAAACCCAGUAGCCGGUCUCAUUGACAAGCUCCAUCUUGAGAAGAACUGCAUGACUUUACUGUUAUGCAACAAUCUUGAUGAAAUGGAUGAUGAUGAGAAGACACUCCCAGUGGAUAAGGUUGAAGUUGAUUUAGCUCUCUCAGCACAUGCCAAUGCUCGGAGGUGGUAUGAACUAAAGAAAAAGCAGGAAAACAAACAGGAAAAAACUAUGACUGCCCAUGAAAAGGCAUUUAAAGCUGCAGAGAAAAAGACUCGCCUACAGCUUAAUCAGGAAAAAACUGUUGCCACAAUUUCACAUAUGCGCAAAGUUCACUGGUUUGAGAAAUUUAAUUGGUUCAUUAGCAGUGAGAACUAUUUGGUUAUCAGUGGACGUGAUGCACAGCAAAAUGAGAUGAUAGUGAAGCGAUAUAUGUCAAAAGGAGAUUUGUAUGUACAUGCCGAUCUCCAUGGAGCUUCUAGUACGGUUAUCAAGAAUCACAAGCCAGUGCAACCAGUUCCGCCUCUGACCCUAAACCAAGCAGGAUGUUUCACAGUCUGCCACAGCCAGGCAUGGGAUUCGAAAAUUGUUACUAGUGCCUGGUGGGUUUAUCCUCAUCAGGUUAGUAAAACUGCUCCUACAGGGGAAUAUCUGACAGUAGGGAGCUUCAUGAUCCGGGGAAAGAAAAAUUUUCUUCCACCGCACCCUCUUAUCAUGGGUUUUGCCCUGCUAUUUCGCUUGGAUGAGAGUUCCUUGGGAUCACAUUUAAAUGAAAGGAGAGUAAGAGGAGAGGAGGAAACAAUAGAUGAUUAUGAAGAAACUGGCCCUCUUGAAGAAAAAUCUGAUUCAGAGUCUGAGGAGGAUGUGACUGAUGGAAAAUCUGCUGCUGACUCAGAAAGGAAUGGUAAUUUAUCCGCAGAUUCACAUAAACCCCUAUCAGAAGACUUUCCAACAGACUCAUCUCAAACUAGUUUGGCUACUAAUACUAUCAAUGCAGAAAAUACAGUUUCAAAUGAUUUUCCUGCAAAAGAGACAAGUAUAACGAAUAUGGUUGAUGAGGAGAAAUUAUCUGACAUUAAUGGAAAUGGCUUAUCAUCCGUCACUCCUCAACUUGAGGAACUUCUUGAUCGAGCUCUUGGACUAGGAUCUGUUGCUAAAUCAAGUAAAAAUUAUGGAGUUGAUGAUCCUCAGACUGAUUUAGGCAGUGAGCACCAUUUUGAACAGAGCAAAGCUGCAGGAAGGGAUAAACCUUAUAUAUCAAAAGCUGAGAGAAGAAAGCUUAAAAAAGAACAGAAACAUGGAGAAGCCGAUUCAAAUGUUGAACAUGGAAAGGACGAAUCAAAAUUAACAGAUAUUUCUGCAAAUCUACAUGCAAAAGAAGUCCAAAAUUUGAAGACAGAUGGUGGUCAAAAAAUCAGUCGUGGACAGAAGGGAAAACUUAAGAAGAUAAAGGAGAAGUAUGCUGACCAGGAUGAGGAAGAAAGGAGCAUCCGAAUGGCAUUAUUGGCUUCUUCUGGAAAAUCAAUCAAGAAGGAAGAGACAUCAGCUGGAAAUGAAACAUCGGACAAAGGGAAAAAACCUGGCAAUGGUCCUGUAGAAGCUCCAAAAAUAUGUUACAAGUGUAAGAAGGCGGGUCACUUAUCUCGGGAUUGUAAGGAGCAACCAGAUGAUCUGUUGCAUAGUCAUGCAAUUGGUGAAACUGAAGAAAAUCCCAACAUGAGUGCUAUUAACACUUCCCAAGCAGAUAGGGUGGCAAUGGAAGAAGACGAUAUUCAUGAAAUAGGAGAAGAUGAGAAAGAAAAAUUAAAUGAUGUGGAUUACUUGACAGGAAAUCCACUCCCUAAUGACAUUCUCUUGUAUGCUGUUCCUGUCUGUGGUCCUUACAAUGCAGUUCAGUCUUACAAAUAUCGGGUGAAGAUAAUUCCUGGAUCGGCAAAGAAAGGGAAAGCUGCAAAAACUGCAAUGAACUUAUUCAGCCACAUGUCAGAAGCAACAAACCGGGAGAAGGAGUUAAUGAAAGCCUGUACAGAUCCUGAGCUAGUUGCUUCAAUUAUUGGUAAUGUUAAGAUAUCAGCAGCUGGCCUUACUCAAUUGAAGCAAAAGCAAAAGAAAGGCAAGAAGAGCAGCAAACAAGUGGGUUAGCCCAACCCUGUGUAGCAUUUACUUAGGUGAAGAAAAGGCUCUUUUUUUCCCUCUCUUUAGAGCUGACAAAUUUGUAUAUCUUUACAAGUUCCUAAAUGUAGAGAAGUUUUUCUCAAUGUAGAAGUGUACGAAAAUUUUGGGCAUGUUUGAUUUUAUUUUUGUUUUCUUUCUCCCUUUUUUU